AGAUACCAUUGUCAUCAUUGUAGUAAAUCAUUCUCAAGACCUUCUUCUUUACGUAUCCAUAUCUAUUCACAUACAGGAGAAAAGCCUUUCAAGUGUCAUUUUCAAGGAUGUGGGCGUAGUUUUAGUGUACACAGUAAUAUGCGUAGGCAUUUACGUGUUCAU